AUGUCGAAGGUGCGCGUCUCGAGCGGGAGCCCGCCGCUGGAGCGGGCGGAGGGCCGGCCGGCGGAGGCGCCCAAGCCCUCGGCCUGCCGCUGCCUCUUCGGCGCCGUCGACCACCCGGGGCUGGCGCGCGAGUGGCGGGCGCAGAGCCGGCAGCUGGAGGAGGCCGGCCGGCGCCGCUGGAACUUCGACUUUCGGCGCGGGCAGCCCCUGGAGGGCCGCUUCGAGUGGCGGGCGCUGGACCGGGCGGCGCUGCCCGACUUCUACAGUCGCCCGCCGCGGCUCGCCUCGGCCCGCCAGCCCGACGGCCCCCGGCGGCGCCCGCAGCCCGGCGCCGACGACCGCUCGCCGCCCGGGGCGCUCCGCUGCGCGCAGGGAGAGGCGCCCGAGCCCGAGCCUCGGCAGGAGCCCCAGCAAGACGGGGCCGCGGCGGCCCGAGGAAGCGCCGGCCCCAGGAAGCGGCCUGCCGCCGAGGAUUCCUCUCCUCAAAGCAAAAGAGCCAACACAGCUGAAGAACUUUCUGAAGACCCUCUCGAAGACCCGCUGGUGGCCAACUCCGAGGAACAGACGCCGAAGAAGAAAAAGAAGAAGAAGCAGCAGCCCAGCCCGAAGCAGUGCCAGACGUAAAUGGGUGGUUUGUCGAGAAUUAAGAAUAUUUGUUUCCUUCAAUGUGGAGGAGGCAAAGGAAGCCAGGAAGAUCCAGCGCUUGCAUUCAUAUAUGCACCUGUAGGUGUAUGAAUCAAUGAAUGAAAGAAAACAUAUCACUGGUUCUCCAUGGGAUGGGGAACGUGUUAAAGCACUGAAAAGAAAAAAAAAAAUCGGCAAUGGAAUAACACUAAACCGGGCCAUCUUAAAUGGGCCUGCCUCUUAAAAGCAAUGGAUGUAGCAUUCUGCAAUUAGGUUUUUCCUCAUUUGCUUCUUUGUACUACCUGUGUAAAUAGUUUUUACAUUAUGUAGCACAUAAACCUUUCUCCCCUCUUGGGGGAGGGGAGUUUUUGUUUGUUUUGUGAAGGGGUGGAGCUAAUGAAAGGUGAUGGGUUCGAAAUCUGCUUCCCAAACCCCAGGCUGAAGCAGAGAUGCCUUUAUUAAAGGAACAUUGCCCCCCCCCUUUUUUUUUUUGCUUGUGUGAAAAUCCCAAGAUUAUAAAUUGGCAUUUAAUCAUUGUCCCAGCAGGUUAAUGAACUUGCUGGUGAAAUUUAUGUGUCAAGGACACAAUCUGGGAAGUGUUUGCCUGUUCUGACCUCGCUGGAAGAGACGGGCACUUUGGGGAAGUAUGUGAUUUCUAAGGUGGGGUGUGAUGCUUUGAGAUCACAGGACAAAAGUUUUGUGUAGGAGGCCCAGUUCUCUCUGGAGAUGCAAAAGAGGAACUCUUUCAAUGGGCAUUUUCUCAUAGGGUUUUUUCCCUUUGGUCUUCUUACACUUUUUUAAAAGUCCUGCCCAACAACAUACAACGUAGAGGAGAAAUUAAUAAAUUCUCAGAAGUCCAGACUCUUAUUUGCUCACUUUUCUGGCCUUCAUUAAGUGGGCAAAUGAAAAGGAAACAGUAUUUUUUACAUUUUCUAGGUGGGUUUUUUUUUUUUGAAAAAAAAAAGUUUUGAAAUGUACCUGUGUACAUAACUGUAAAGACACUGAGAAAUUAUACUAACUUAUUUAUGUUAAAAAAAGAUUUUUUAAUCUAGAAGAUAUUUUCCCAGAAAGCCAAAGUGGCGCGUGGUUUUUGUGCAUUUGCAAAUGCUCUAUUUGGUAGGGGAUUUUUGUUGUUGUUGUUGUUAGCCUCUGCGGGGAAUUCGUUUUGUUAAUUAAUAUGGCUGUGCUUAAAUGAUUGCAGACUGAGCCAGUUCAAUUUUUUUGUGUAAUGUGCAGAAAAAACAAACAAACAAAAAACCAGUUGCCAAGUGAUACUGUUUUACAUCAAGCAAUCAAUAAAGACGACUGCCAUAUAUAAACCUA